AUGCUAGACCACUGCUCGAUCUCACACAAGGGCGGCGUGGUCCUAUGGUCCCGUUCCUUCACCCCUGCAGCAUCCCAUACCGCAGCAUCCUCUAGUUCACCUGUUAAUUCCCUCGUCCGUGAGGCACUCAUUGAAGGCCGUAGCUCUGAUGGAAAAUAUGAGAAGGACGGCUAUGCCGUUAAAUGGACUUUUGUGAACGACCUGGAGCUUAUAUUUGUGGUCGCAUAUCAGCGCAUAUUGCAGUUGACCUACGUCGAUGAGCUUCUGCUUGCGCUCAAAACACUAUUCAUCAAACUCUUCCAACCCUUCCUCGCUACCUUCGUUGCGUCGUUGCACGUCACCAGCACCACCAAGCUUUCUUCCUCUGGAGACCCUUCAUUUCUGUGGAAUUUCCAGAAGGCGUUUGAGGGCUGGGAUGCUGUAUUUGACAAGCUUCUGCGUGGCCUCGAGGACAAGGCUGCCCAGGAGAGACGCACCCGCGUCGUGCAUGCUCCCCGUCCAGCACUCGAUGUGACUCCCCCCUCUGACGACGUUGAUACUGUUCCUGCCGUAUCAAAUGCAGAUGUCCAAGACGAGGAACAGAUAGCACGAAAUGUGCAGGCGCUCAAGAACAGACUCCGCGGCCGCGGUGGCCAGGCUGGACGGCGAGGGCGAAGUCGUACGGAUGUUGGAAGUGGAAGAGAAAGUGUGCCCGGUUCCGACUCCGAGACUCCUACCUCGAAACGUAAAGCAAGAGCUAAGACACAAAGAAAGUGGGGCAAUGAAGCGCCCACAGAGUCCGACAUGGUAUCGCUGGACUAUAGCUAUGACAGUGCGUCGGAGGGCCGCCAGGGCACGCUUGACGUGUCUUCUUUGGUGGACAGCGCGUCACUCGGCACGCGCACCCAGGAUGGCCUGUACGAGGUCAAGGACUGGGAGUUCUUAUCGCAAGGCGAGAAAAACGCGGAUGAUGUGAUAGCAGAGGUGCUGAAGAAGGGCGGACAAGAAGCGAAACCUGCCUCGAGCUCUCUGGGCGCCUUGGGAUCUAUCUUUGCGCGCCUCACCGGCUCGAAGGUGCUCACCGAAAAGGACCUCAAACCCGUUCUGGAGGCUAUGAAGCAGCACCUCAUGAAGAAGAACGUGGCCAAAGAGAUUUCUGAGAAAGUUUGUGAAGAUGUCGGCCAGAGUCUCGUUGGCAAGAAAGUGGGCGGCUUUCAAACGACGACUUCAGCAGUUCGGCAGGCACUAGCCAACUCGAUUACUCGCAUACUUACGCCCAAGACCUCCACGGACCUCUUACUGUCCAUUCGAACGAAGCUGUCUACGCCCGUGGCAGCCUCCCAACAGCGACAAACAUACAGCAUUACCUUCGUCGGCGUGAACGGUGUCGGCAAGAGCACGAACCUCUCGAAAGUCUGUUUCUGGCUCAUUCAGAACGGCUUCCGUGUCCUCAUUGCGGCAUGCGAUACUUUCCGGAGUGGCGCUGUCGAGCAACUCCGAGUACACGUUCGCAACCUCGGCAUGCUCGGGGUUGACGGGGCGACGAAUAGCAAGGGACGCGUCGAACUGUACGAACGAGGUUAUGGAAAAGACGCCGCCGGUAUCGCGAAGGAAGCAAUCAGUUACGCACGCGACAACGACUUCGAUGUUGUACUCAUUGAUACGGCUGGACGUAUGCAAGACAACGAGCCUCUCAUGCGCGCUCUCGCCAAGCUUGUUGCGACGAACAAUCCCGACAAGAUCAUCUUCGUCGGCGAGGCCUUGGUGGGAAACGAAGCGGUCGACCAACUCACGAAGUUCGACCGUGCGCUACGAGACUUCUCUGCCGCGUCCGGCGGACAGGAACGCGGCAUCGACGGCAUGCUUGUGACGAAGUGGGACACUGUCGACGACAAGGUCGGUGCUGCGCUGUCAAUGACAUAUGUCACUGGACAGCCCAUCAUUUUCGUCGGAUGCGGUCAGACAUACACUGAUCUCAGGCAGUUGCGUGUUGCGAACGUGGUGCAAGCCAUCCUCAGCGAUUAA